GUGUGCGCGUACGUGUGUUUAUGUGCUCGUGUGCACUGCCGUGAACCGGCUGCCGCAGCUUUUGCCGAUUUAUAAACACACGCGAUACACUGGCCCAACGCGAGAGCGGCGCAGGGGACCAUCCAGACGCCUUUUAAAUCUGCAACAACGCGCUGCCGCUCUUGAACGUGCCCCCGGUUUAUAUUUGGCUUAAAGGAGACGCAACAAAGCGCACAAAAUGGUUGUGCUCUAGGCCCGGGCGAAUAAGUAGGUUUACUAUGGCUUUAAGAACGACAAAAUAGUGUCUGCUUCUUUAAAAUUAUAUCGGUUUAUUGCUGAAUAGAUAAUUAAGAAAAGUUUAAAGUUUCUAAUCAAUAAAUGUGUACAUUUAGUUUGCGACGAAGCCAACAGAAAAUGCAUCACUGUUGGAUAAGGGCCGCUUGCAAUCAUAACGUCUUUAAAACAGAUGUGUCCAGUUUUACUUCAGUUUGCAUGUAAACCUGCUUAACCUAAAGAGGAAUCUGAGUUAGGCGGUGAAGCCCACAAGGUGAUGGAACCGGCCUGCGACCGAGCCGAGGAUGUAAUUAAAGGUGAAAAGCCGACGGAGGACAAGGCCGCAGAUCAGACCCCGGCCACCAGUACGGUCGGUGCCCCCAGGAGGGGGCUCAGAGAGCGGGGCGCCGGGCGACCAAGGGCCGGCCUCUCCGCUAAACCGACGGACAUCAACGGUGCUGCGUUGAGCCCACUGACCUCAGGUCGGGUUUUAAGGGACAGGUCGACUAGGGCUGUACCGGCUUGGCUGAAGGACUCCAAAAGUGACGACGAAGAAGACGAACCGAGCCCGGACAGCGGUGCUGCCAAGCGGAGGAAAGUUUCCAACUCUAAGCGCAAGAAAAUUUCAGAAUCUGCGGCUCUGGCAGAAGGUGGAGAGGGGCUCACAGGAGACAGCCUUCAAGGCACAGUUUCAGAAGACCCCAAGAAAGCUGCUCCAGAUGCUCAAGCUCUUCCUUCGAGACGCCCCCCACCCCAGGCUGGCGCAAAGCCCCCAACCGGCAGGGCUAUGCGCGGCUCGGCCAAGGCUGUUUGCAAGACCGAACCUGGAAUGGAGAAUCCAGCAGUGCAAGGGGAUGCAAGCGUUCCAGAGAAGUGUUACGUAGAAAAGAAAGAGGAAGAAAAAGAAGACGCAGCCCCACAAGUCCUGGAUGAUGAAGAGCCUCAUUUUCAGGACGACCCCAACGAUCUCAGCUACCAGCCACAGAGUCAGAGUGGUGCAGAGGAAGAGGAGGAGGAGGAGGAAGGAGUCAGCAGCGAGGAAGACCAGCCCUUUAAGGAUGACUUAAAUGACCAGAGUUAUGACCCGAGGGUGGAAAGAGACUGUCCGAAACCAAAGCGCAGAGCCCCGCCGAGGCAGAAGGAGACCAAGGAAAGAGAGAAAGCGCCUAAGAAAGAAAAAGAGACCGCUGAGAUAAAAGUAGAAGGCUCCGACAAUGUGGAGGCCGUGCAGGAGGAAGUAAAGCUGGAAGAGGAUAUGGUUGAAGAUCCGGAUGGACCCAGGAAGAGAGGUCGACGGAAAAAGGACGACAAAACUCCACGGCUGCCCAAGAGGAGGAAGAAGCCCCCCGUGCAGUAUGUGCGCUGCGAGAUGGAGGGAUGUGGGACGGUUUUGGCUCAUCCCCGCUACCUUCAGCACCAUAUUAAGUACCAGCACUUGCUCAAGAAGAAGUACGUCUGCCCUCACCCUUCCUGUGGGAGGCUCUUCCGCCUGCAGAAGCAGCUGCUGCGUCAUGCUAAGCAUCACACAGACCAGAGGGACUACAUCUGUGAGUUCUGUGCUCGUGCCUUCAAGAGCUCCCACAAUCUGGCUGUUCAUCGCAUGAUCCACACCGGAGAGAAACCCCUACAGUGUGAGAUCUGUGGCUUCACGUGCCGCCAGAAGGCGUCUCUUAACUGGCACAUGAAGAAGCAUGACGCCGACGCCACCUACCAGUUCUCCUGCUCCAUCUGCGGCAAAAAGUUCGAGAAGAAGGACUGCGUGGUGGCCCACAAGGCCAAGAGCCACCCAGAGGUGCUGAUCGCCGAGGCGCUGGCAGCCAACGCCGGCGCCCUCAUCACGACCCCUGCCUCCCUGCUGGAGCUGCAGGGAAACGCCGCUCAGGCCGAGGGCAGCGGCGUGGAGGCGGGGCCGGCGGGGCAGGACGGCCAGGUGGAGCAGCUGGGGCAGGACGGGCAGCACGUGGCUCCGGUGUCCCAGAUGAGCCAACCCGUGAGCCAUCAGGUGGUUUUACUGGGGCAGGACCAGAGCCUCCACACCAUGCAGGUGCCAGUGACUAUUGCCCUGUCCCCCAUCGACCCCCCAUCGCCGGCCGACAACCAGCAGCAGACCCACCUCCAGCUCCAGAUGCCCGUUCAGUUUGUGCAGACUGCCCAGCAGGCGCAGCAGCUGACCCUCCACCCCGGCUCGGUGGUGACCCAGCACCAACCGCAGCUGCAGCCCCUGCAGCCGUACGCCCCCCAGCAGCAGGGCCAGGGGCCGCCGCAGAUCCUCCAGAUGACCUUCCAGCCCGUCAGCCAGUCGCAGACCCAGAUUCAGCAGAUCCCCAUCCUGGCCACCCCCCAGCAGCUUCAGACCCUGCACACAGCCGCGCCCAGCCCCCCCCUCAUGGCCGCCCCCCAGCCCCAGGCCCAGGAUCCGGUCUCCACCAACGGGGACAACUUCAUCCUGGACAACCCGGUGCUCUCCUCCUCCUCCCCGUCGGCAGCAGACGUGGUGGGGGAGGAGGGCGUGGUCUGGGAGCAGGCGGGUCAGGGGGAGGUGUUGGCUGAUGGAACAGAGAGACACGUACAGCAGGCCCUCAUGUAA